AGCUAGCUAAUCAAGAGCAAGAUAGAAGUUAACGUUACAGUUGAUAGUGCGCUAGCUAUCAACAUGACAUCAAUGCGGCGUUAAUGCAUUUUAAUCUAAGAUAAAAAGGCAUAACUAACCAAGGAAAACGUCGAGAUGAAAGCAGGUGGACGAGUGCAAGCUUUAAUUCGGCAGUGGAACGCGACGAGAAUGGUUUUUGUUUGGGGAAAAGGGAAAUCACAGUCAGAGCUAGGUACCUAGGGCGUAGGUCACCGGUGGCUUAUGAAAUGAGGCACACUGCUUUCUGAGUUCCCCAGCAGCAAUCGCCAUGGAUUUCUCUGCUCGGUGAAAACGGGGCCAGUGCUACCAAAUGCUUUCACUGUGCUGCUGACUGCUGCCCACCAAUGCUGCUGGCUGGAGGACAUGACGGCCAACUAGAGCAGCCUGCCCUGUGUCUAUGUGCUGCAUACGCGCGUCCCUUGGAAUAAGUCAUUUUUCUGUCCAUAUUCCCUCUGUCUUUGGAAUAUAUGCCCCUCCUUUCCUUCAAAACGGGUGUUUUAUUGUGGUCCUUUGCUCCUGCCUUUUUGGGGAGGAGUGCAGAGGUGGAAAGUUUGGUCUGACCCCUGACCCUCCCUUAUAUUACAAGAAGAGGCCAAUAGGAGCAAACAGCCAGAAACCGCCGAGGAUUCGCUCAUCCUUUGGUAUCCCACCUACCCCACUUCCCUCCUCAGCUUGAGAUCUUGCCGGAAUAUUAAAUUGAAAGUGCCCGUUCCCGGGUCCUGCCGGGAUGGCCCAGGACGAUGGCCAUAGGACACGGGAUUCCCAGGCCUACUACUACCCUUCGGUCCAGGAUCUGGACGUCUCCAGCGCCCUGUACAAGCCUAAUGAUGGAGAAAAACUCUACUCCAUAUUGAUGGACACUAAGUUGGGAGCCAAGGGCCCCCUUGGGGAACAGGUUCUUGGGCAGGUGCAGCCUCACCUUCUGAAUUCCCAGCCUCAGCAGUACUGCCGAAAGGGAGGGAUCAUUAGGCAGGAUGCCACACAGGGACACCUCAUGACUACUAAGCAUGCGGACGGUGAGGACCUGAAGGAUUCUGAGGACAAGGAGGGGCAGAGGGAUGGUGAAAAAGAGACACAGACUUUCAAGCAGGAGCAAAUAUUUGUGGAGGUGAACUUGAACAACCAAACACUCAAUGUCUCCAAGGGGGACAAUCCUCCUGUCUCCAACAGCGGUUGCACCAGGUUGAAAUCCGGCUGCGAAGAUGAGGAGCAGGCAACCUUGGAGGAAGAGCAGAAAGAGGAGGAAGAAAGGGUGGUCGGAGAGCAGCGGAAGCAGCCGACCAAGAGAUCUCAGCGCAGACCCAGAGCCGCGGGCUCCGGUCUGCCCGUCCGGAAGUCCCGCAGAGCUGCGGUGGCAGCUGCCAGCGCCGCGGCGUCACGCAGGACCACCAGGGGGCGCAGGAAGCGUGCCAAGCCACCCAAGAAGAAGGGACGGCCAGCCCGUCAGCCUAGGGUGGAGUCCUCCAAGUCCGUCCCCAUUGUACCGGCGGCCGCUGACCAGGGCAAGGAAGACGUGGAGUGCAUGAAAGUCGCUCAGCGCCACGUGCAGACCUGCGACGCCUGCGGGAAGAAGUUUGUAGUGGAGAGCGAGCUGGCGCUGCACCAGCAGACAGACUGCGAACAGAAUAUUCAGUGUUUGCCCUGUAACAAGUCCUUCAAGAAGCUGUGGUCCCUGCACGAGCACAUCAAGACAGUGCACGGCUACGCUGAGAAGAAGUUUGCCUGCGAGAUCUGCGAGAAGAAGUUCUACACCAUGGCGCACGUGCGCAAGCACAUGGUCGCUCACACCAAGGACAUGCCGUUCACCUGCGAGACGUGCGGGAAGUCCUUCAAGCGCAGCAUGUCCCUGAAGGUGCACUCCUUACAGCACUCGGGGGAGAAGCCUUUCCGCUGUGAGAACUGUGCCGAGCGGUUCCAGUACAAGUACCAGCUGCGCUCCCACAUGAGCGUCCACAUCGGACACAAGCAGUUCAUGUGCCAGUGGUGCGGGAAGGACUUCAACAUGAAGCAGUACUUUGACGAGCACAUGAAGACCCACACAGGAGAGAAGCCGUUCAUCUGUGAGAUCUGUGGGAAGAGCUUCACCAGCCGGCCCAACAUGAAGAGACACCGGCGCACGCACACGGGCGAGAAGCCCUACCCCUGCGACUUGUGCGGCCAGCGCUUCCGCUUCUCCAACAUGCUCAAGGCCCACAAGGACAAGUGCUUCCUGGCUACGGCCCCCGUUAACCCGGCCCCGACCAGCCACGCCCUGCACCCCCCUCGCUCCUCCGACCCCUCCCCCUCUCUCGCCGGCGUCCCCGCGGCCCUGGGCCCGAGCCCCGUGAGCGAGGCCCUGCCGCUCCAGACGGAGGCCCACCCCUUCUCUCACCCGCACCUUCACUCGCACACGCCCGACCACCAGCUCCUCCACCACCAUGCUCCCCACCCUAACCAGCUCCACCUGGCCAUGCCCCCUGUCCCACAAAUGACCUCAGCGCACGCCCUCUUCAAGAGCGAGUCGCUCAAUCACCACGGGCACGAAGACAGUUACCUGUGUCACAUGACCCUGCCCGAAAAGACAAUGGGUGUGCCCCAGCACCACUGAACAAGACUUCUGCACAUACACACAUACAUUUAUAUUCUCAUUCACCAUUGGGUUGAGCUUCACUGGAGGAAGCAGCUAGCACCUCUUAAACUGGACCUAUCUGUUAUUAGUGUACUGACCAGUUUCGAUGGAAUCAGUCCAGGUGCGUAAGUUGAGGGCCGGUGAAUUACCUGGGUUUGAAGGCGGGGACCACCAUCCCAAAACUGUUUUACCCCUCUGCCAUUUUAUGUUCAUUUGCAAAUUUUUAACGGACACCUUUUGGUCAAUUCUGUGACUGUAUCUGUGUGCAUGUGCACGUUUGUGGCAUUGAGUGUGUGUGGGUACUGAUCCUUAUCAUGCAGUAAGCAAGCGUAAGAAAACGUGCACUUUACAUGAUUUACUCGUUCUUUAAUCAUGAUAUUAUGAAUUAUUCUGAAAUGUUCUGUGAGCCUCUUUUAUUGACAUCCACGCACCAUGUUCUCUGUACUAUAUGAUAUCUGAAAAUCUCAACUCAAUGAAAACACUAAUGCACCCUAAAUGCAAUCUGUGGCAAAAGACUUUUGACGCAACUCAAAGGAACCUUUCAACUCAAAGUAGCCCUUCACAAAUGCUUGCCAUUCCAGCACGGAGUAUUUGAGCAUUUGCGCUGCUUAGCGAUAUCAGUAAACUGGACUGACAUGUUUUAAGUCUAAAAACCUGAGAUUUUGCUAUAGUGAGCACGCUGUAUAUGCUAGAAUCCCAUUCUCAUUACAGAGUCUGUGAAUAGCAAAAUGUGUGUGGAUUUUCCUGAUUCCCAGGAAAUACGGAGUCUGUAAAGCUUCGCUAGUAAUCUGGUGAGCUCACGCCAUGCAUCUGUGGGCUUAGAAUGUGCGGCAUGCGUUCUGUGGGUGUAGAAUGGGCCUUACUGCUGCAUUCUGUUCUGCAGUAGUGAAAUCCAAAAACCGUCCUUGGCCUCUGGACAAGGAUCGACUCUUAUCCACACAAGUGCAAUCUCAAACAUAAGGGGGAACAGCAUUAAUAUUUAUUUCAUUUAAGUUUACUCCAGCAUUUAAGUUUGUUUCUGAAGAAUUUCUCCUUUCCUUUUAACGGCUCUCACACAUGCUUGGAGGCCCAACAUAGACAUUUGUACCGACCUAUGAACACACCUUCAGUUUGCUUUAUAUCAAAAGAGAACAGAGUGUCCUGUAAAAUGAGUAAUUAUACUCAAGGUAUUUGGUGACUCAUAGUAUAAUAAAGAACUGUAAUUAAGUGGAAUUUCUCCUGGAAACAUUAAACAUUUCAUACUUUAUCUGACUGGUAUAUUCUGUCGGACUUUAGCCUGUUCAUGGUUUUGCUGGAAAACAAUUGAAUUAAAUUAUAGAGCAAUACCAAUAAUUGGAGGUUUUACUCUGCAUUCUGUCUGUGCUGUAUAACUGUCCAUUCCCAUUCAUGGUAAGAGCGACUGUACCACAGCCAGUGUCCAUGUGUCCCCUGCUGCGUGGGUUUCUCUGCGUUGCAUUCUCUGAGAUAGGCAGAUUGUCCAAAUGCCUGUUAUCGCUGAAGACCUGUCUGAGCUAGCUUGACUGUCUCUGUGAGCUAUAGAUAUCCUCUAAUGACCUCAGUAGACGGGCCAUAGGUCAUUUUAAGGUAUGGGAGCAGUUGUUUGAGGUUGGUUGAGUUUGAAGCUAUACUCUUUGCAAAGGAGCCAGUCUUGUGAUAUGAAGCGGGUCUUCACAGGGUUAUUUGUGUUGGUUAUCUGUGUGACAAGAUAGGGACUACAACCCACAUGUUGCAGAUUAAUAUCUCUGGUGCGAGGUAAAGCGAGGUAUUGCUUCAGUGAAUAUGCUUCACUGAAUAGCCAUGUAUAUGAAUGGAUGAUGCGUUUAAGAUAAGCGAGUCACACAGGAUUAGGGCAUCAAUUCAAGCCUCAUUUAUAUUCUCUGGAAUGAUUACGCAGUACUGUGUCUUGCGGCAGACCGCAGUGCUUGUACAGUAUGUGUGUGGCUGCAUUUACUGAAAUUGCUGUACUUUUCUAUUCAUAGUUAUCCCCUUCUUAGUGGCUUAGUGUUGCCAAACGAUGUUCCAUUAAACCCUGCUUUCACACUGAGCCCUGCUCCUUGGGUGGCUGCGUGCUCUGUGCGUGCAUGCGUGAUUGUGAGAGGAGAAGAAGAGUUCUUCUGGCAGAGAGCUCAGUGUGUAAUCAAUGAUUUGCCUGUCAUAUUUGUCAGGAGGUCUGCUCACCUUUGUUGAGAUGGACUGCCUGCCGAGCAGAGGCUCCAUAAAUAAACUGUGGAAGUGUGUGUGCGCUCCUUCAUCUGACGCAAAGUGGUUUACUGGCCUGGUCUGUGAGCUGUGGUGGGAAGAAGCCUGAGCUUAUUUACUUUUCGUUUAAUUUUCUGUUCAUACUUGGGUCCUUAUCACCGGCCAUAUCUGUACAUUUUAAGUGUUUGGUGUUAACUUCUGGAGACAAACAGAAAGGAAAUUACCUCUCUAAACAAAGUAAAAGCAACGGUGCUGCUGCAGUACUACUCAUUCGUAUAUCAGUUAAAUCUUCUGUGGUUGACUGUUUGUGAUGUGGUGAAGGGAUAGAGUUGCAAAGCACUGUGGGUAAGUAUUGAAAUGUAGGAGGGAGUGUGAGAGGAUUGGCUGUGAAGCUGGGGAAUGGGUUUGUAAAUCCAGUUUGGGAUGGCCAGUGAGGGACUCUGGAGCUCCUUUGGGGGGUGUAUUCAGAUUUGACAUUGGGGCAGAUCCUGUAAAUGGGAAUGAGGUACCCUUGACAUAACUUCCUCACUGAGUGCAUGUUUGUCACAGUCCUCCCUCCUCCUCACCACCCCUUGUCUGUUAUCAUUAGUAGUUGAGGGCUUACUUCUGUCAUAUUUUUAUAUUGGGCUUUCAUGUAUUAAAUGUUCCAUAUUUCUUCAGCCUCUAUUUUGAACCCCCUCAUGAUAAUGUGAGUAUGUAUGUGUGAGAACAUGAUUCUGGGUAUUUGCAGUAUUGUUCAAAUAAUGUGGUCAAAAUUUUAUUUUGAGUCGAAGCUGUUACAGAAUCAAGCAAUUAAUAGUACAGAUUAAUAAUAUAAUAAUACAGAUCAAUAAUAUUUUUUGCGAGGAACUAGUGUAAAUAUUUUUUAAAUAAAUGGUAUUUAGUUGACAUCUUUAUUCAGAAUGACUGGAAAAAUUACAUUGUUUUACACAACCCUGCUUACUGAAGCAGUUCAAGCUCUAUAGCUUGUUUAAGGCUACAAUGGCAGUGCUCCACCUGGGAUCCAAGCUCAGUCCCCUAACCAGUAUGCCGCACUGGCUCCCUUUCAGUUUUCACUGCCGGAGAAGUCUGGUGCAAAAACACUUAAGUAGACAAUGUCUUCCACGAUGAAAUAUGUUGUCUAUGAACAUUGUUAGCCGUUGUUUUGGAAAGGUGGCAAAAUGAUAAAAGUUGUAAUGUAUAUAAUGCACUUUUUAGUAAAAUCAAUGUUAGUUGAAAAACUAAAAAGGUCGUUAUUCUUUAACUUU